CCCGGCUGCUCCGGCUGGGGCUUGCUCUGCCUGAUGCCUUCGCUGGAUGCCCUUCCGCUUGGGAAAGAGGGGAACGGAGUGUGACCGCCGCGCACGGAGCCCUUCUUGUGAAACUGCCGCCCUCCCGUCUGCCGGAAAGGUGCCCCUGCGUGGGAGUCGUUAGGUGUCGGCUUUUGUGUGCGGACGGGCCGGCGUUGAUCCGUGCACCGCCCGAGGGGGGUGAAAGAUGGCAACAGCUGCCUACUUCGCCGCCGAGUGCCUCGUCUCCAUGUCCAGCCGAGCCAUCAUCCAUGGUCCUGCUGGAGGUCCAAGGCCUCCACCUGUCGGAAUGGCUUCACCCCUGGCUGCCUUGGCCCCCGAGGAGAAGCCUGAAGCAAAGGAGGGAGGAAGGGACAACGGCGGGGGCCCCUCGGUGUAUGCCGUAGCCAGCAUCCUGGCUGACUUAAACCAGCGCCUUCCAGAGUCUUCCUCGCUUCAGGGGCAGAGGGUGGACCCAAGGGGGGAACCCAAGCCACCUCUUCUGCAGGGAGCGUUGGGGGAAGACUCGCUCUUGCCGGCCAGCAAAGGUGGAGGAGAACGAACAGCCACACCUACCAACUUGGCGGCAACGGAGGAGCCCGGCCCGAAACAAAGGAGCAGGAGGGGGAGAUGCCAGCCUGACCCCGAAUUACCUCAGAAAAAACACAAAUGCCACUACGUGGGAUGUGAAAAGGUUUACGGCAAGUCUUCCCAUCUGAAAGCUCACCUAAGGACCCACACAGGCGAGAGGCCAUUCGAAUGCCGUUGGGAGGACUGCAACAAGAAGUUUGCCCGCUCCGACGAGCUGGCCCGACAUUUCCGCACCCACACUGGGGAAAAGAAGUUCUCCUGCCCGCUUUGCGAGAAGCGCUUCAUGCGGAGCGACCACCUGACCAAGCACGCCCGCCGCCACGCCAACUUCCAUCCUAACAUGCUCAAGAGGAAAGGCGGGAGCGGCUCCCGGGCGGGGUCCGUGAGUGACUGCAGCCGCUCGGAUGGCUCCAGCCCCACGGACAGCCCGGGGAGCUCCCCCUAGGCCUGCCUGCGCCGGAC